UUCCAUUCACACGCUCAUCUGCAGGCAAGCUACUCAUUGACAAACGAGAGCUUCCAGUUCAUUCAUAAGAGCUGCGCGUAGAACAGCAAAGGAGGAAAGUUGUCAAGGGAAGGACAGCUGACUUCAGAUGUUUGACUUGAAGUGAAAACAACAGCACUUAAAACUAUUUGGGAUGUCCCAUGUUGCAUGCUGUCUCCGUCUUGUGUCCCAUCAACCGAUUUCAUAAGGACCUCAUACAACCGAACGCUAACCAGUAGUCCCAGCAUGCUGAAGCGCACCAAAUACAGCCGUCUGCACAACGAUUCAAGGACCUCUCUGGACAAUUGGUCUCUUUGCUUGGACUCUGACUUUGCCCAUGAUCCACCAAGGGAUUUUGUACACGAUGUCCCAUCGCACAUUCCCCCGCACGGGCUAAGUGGGCCCCAAGUGGCUGGAAGCAUUGAUAGGUACCCUGAGUGGAGUGUGCCCAAUCCCCCAAAACGACCAAUCACCUUCCAUUGCAUGUGUAGCUUUCCCGAGAUGCCCAACUGUCUUUGUUGCCCUCGACAUAAGUGCAAGCAAUGCUCUUCAGUGGUCCAUAGAGUGGUCCACCAUCACAUCAAGUAUAUGGGUAGUGUGGAGGUGACCCAAUCCAUGAGAACCCUCGACUUUGACGCAAGGAAACGAGUAACACGAGAGGCAAUCAACAGACUUUGCAAGAUUAUUCCGGCCAAGACCACAGUGAAAACAAAGAGUCCUGAACACAAGCAGCUGUCUUGCGUUCUGGGUCGCUGCAACCUGCAGUUUUCGGGCAGGCGGGUCAUCUUCAGCGUCUCCGCAGACACACUCACUCUCCUCGCGGCGUCCUCGCAGAGAAUCACCCAGCACUCCAUCCAGGCAAUUUCCUUCGCCUCAGGGGGAGAUCCAGACAUGGAAGACUACAUUGCCUAUAUAGCCAAAGAUCAAGUCAGUCACAGAGCGUGUCACAUCCUGGAGUGUCCUCAAGGCCGAGCAGCAGAGGUCAUCCAUAGCAUAAGUUGGGCCUUUGAGUCUCGCUUCAAACAGCUUCUUUGUCACGCGCCAUCAUUCGUCUCUGCUGAUCCCAGAUCAAAUCACAGAAUGUGCAACAAAUGGAUCCCAGAUGACAAUUUCAUGGGACCGAAAGAUGUUGAUGAGGAUGACGAAGGUGAGAACGGCGAGCAUAAUCACGACUACAAUGUGACUCGAGGGAAGAUGCCACCCUUUGGUGGAGUAGAGGACCAAUGGGUCACAAGGGCAGAGAAGGAAAAGGUUGGUUCCGCUACUUCUGUUUCACUCUAUGAGAAUUGUUCCAUCACACUGGAUACAGAUGCUCUCACAACAGACCCUUUACAGUCUGAGAUGAGGAGUAUACAUUGUUCUCUUUCUUGUGGAACAUACAUCCAGAACCUGAUCCAGGAGGAGGGUUGGUUUCAUGGCAGGUUAAGAAGAGAGCAGGCCGAGUCACUUCUGUCUUGUGAUGGAGACUUCCUGGUCCGAGAGAGCAGCUCGGCUUGCGGUCAAUAUGUGCUCUGUGGAAUGGAUGGAAGCACAGUUCGACACCUGUUGCUGGUCGAUCCACAUGGCCAGGUUCGGACCUGUGACCAGGUUUUUCGUAGUGUGGGUCACCUAGUCCGGUUCUACAUGCGCAGCCAGAUACCCAUCAUGACUGGGAGCAACCGGCUUUGCCUCAAACAGCCAAUCCUGCGGAAGCAUUAACAUAAACAUGGAGGCGCAUCUGCAUCUCUAAUGGCUAUAUGGACAUCCGUUUGACCUUUUAUUCCAUAUCCUUCAUAUCCAGCUCAAGGUCCAUGUACUAGUGAGGAUAAGGGGUUCAGAAAAUGGAUGGAUGUCUAUUAUCUAAGUAACUCAGAAUUACUUUAAAUGUUUGGUCUAUAUUUGGUGAAUUACUGGGAGAUAUCGUGGCACAUCAACUUGAUUCAUUUGGAGUCUACAUAUUGGUCAUUUGAAACUCUGUUAAAGGUACAACAUGCCUUUCUCUGCACAGUAUUGAUCACAUCCACUUUGUGCCUGUCUGGCUUUCUAAGCACAAGCACCAGUGUUUUUAUGUCCCAAGGUAUCCAGACUGUAUGCUAGUUUGGUCAUGCAGUGGAGAAAAAAGAUGAUUGUAAAUUUUCAGAACGCCAGUUCCUAUCAAAUUCCCGUUGGAAAUAAUGUGAAUGGUUUCUUGAGAUGGUGAAUUUUAGGGGUUAGCAAGGUAUAAUCAUCAUAAUUAUAAAUUAUAUUCGAUCAAACCCCUCUUCAUUAGUGUUACAAAAAUUGAAGAAAUUGAAGUUUUUUAAAAAUUGUUAUUCAAAUGUCUAAGGACAGCAAGAGAUCACUGUCGGUGUCAUAGAAUUAUAUUUUUAAGAGAACCUUCAAAGCUAGCAUUGCCUUGAUUGACCGUUCUGAUUUUCCAUUAAUCCAUCCAUCUAAUCACUCGAUUUGUAAUGCCCUUUGUCUUUGUGAUAUAAUGCACAGCUUCGUUGCUCCUGUUUCAUGUUGUUAUCAUUGAAAAAAAUGCUCUUGUAUCACUUUCCUUUGAUGAAUCGUUUGCCUCGCAGAAAAGUGAUUAUACUUAUGUAGUUAUAAUUAUGUUCCAAUUAUGUAGUGCACGAUUGGAAAAGAGUUUUUGACAAAAAUAAUCUUUGUACGAAAUACUGGAACAUGCACUCAUUGUGUAAAUUAUUUAAAAUACUAAAUAUCUAAAUAGCAACCCCUCAAAUGCUCACCUUUAUGACCAGCCUACAUGUCAAACAUAACAUAAAACAAGUUUUACAGCAUUUCUUUUUGUUUGAUUUGCUAUCAUUUUGAAGAUGUCUUCUGUAAUUGCUGGAACAUGUUUUAUCACAGAGAUAUUUUAAAUAGCAGUACCAGUAUUCUAUUUUUUCAUAUUGUAUCAAUGUUUUCAGCUGUAAUGGAGUGUGUUCCUCAAACCAGUGCAGCCUCACAUUCAUGUUACCAGCAGAAUUUGUCUAUUCAUGUCAGCGUUUUAGCUACAUUUGCUCUUGACAGGUUAGCACAGCAUCUAGCAAAGGUGGAAUAUCGCCACACUUGAGCAAUAAAAAAUAAUCCCAAA